UGCCAUGGAUACGAGCUGAUGCGUCAAGCAGCAUCAAGAGGUGAAAGCUGCCUGAUGGGGGUGAAGCAGGUGCCCCUCUCUGAAGGCGCCUGGGAUGUCCCGCUCGCAGCUAUAUUCUGCAUUGCCAUAGCAGCAUAUGUGGCUAUGGUCAUUAUAGGGUUAAGCAUCAGGCAGUGUUUAUUGAAGAAGGGAAUGUGUGGAAGCCCGUGUCCUGAUGUGGCUUGCUGCAGCUGUGCUGAGCUGGGCCUACACUGUGCUCAGGCCUGCUGUAACUGUGGUCCUCUGCCUUCAUUUGCCUCCAUAAUGGACCACUGUUGUCCAGCUGACCAGAGGUGUAGCUGUCUGAGCUGUGGCACUUGUGAAGUGUGUGAAGACUGCUCAUAUUGCAGUGAAUGGUGCCCCACCCUUCCUUGUGAUUCCUGUCAGUGUCCUCAGUUCUCUGCACCUGAGUGUUCCACUAUUAACUGCCUCUGCUGUGAAAUUACAAUAAAAGGAAAGGGUACACAAGAAGGAGACUAAUAUGGAAAUCAGUAGACUAAUCAGAGACUAAUAUGGAAAUCAGUGUCUACUUGUUGUGACUCCGUCCAGAGCUAGAGUUCUUUCAGUUCCUCUGUUUUCUGAUGUGUCUUUUAUGUUGUGGCAGCAAUGAAGAUAGCAUAUUUUUUAAUGUACUUGGAAGUAAGCAUCAUAAUAAUGUUUUCAUUGAGUCUUAUACUUGCUUUUGAAGUAGUUUCUUAUGUGUUAUUGAUUUUCAAUCAUUCAGAGGCACUUGCAUCAGCAACCUUUUGAUAAGUAGGCUGUCAAAAGCAUGAUAUGACAAGGUUGAGGCAAACAACACCUGAUUCAGUCUGCUCCAUGUGGUGUUAGAAAUCAAUACAACUUUCAGUGUAUUCAUUAUUUUAUUUGUUUCUAGAAAAAUAUAAACAUUAUAUUGGUGCACAAGGAAAUAUUUCCAGCAAUUGAAAAAAAUAUAUAUACAUGUCUUCAUGGUAGAGUUGAAUAAUUCCAAUAUACAGUAACAAUAUACUAAUGAUUGAUGUGAUGAGUGGAAAUGUAGAGUAUCAUACAUAUCUAAUCUGUGAGAGAAUCCCAGCAGCUAUUUUGAGUAAUUAGUAGGGGAUUAUGAUGAACACACUUCAAAACAACCUGUCAUGGAGUUACAAUAUGCAUAACACAUAAAAGAAUACAAAUUUUCACAUUAAUAUCUAUACAUUCUAAAAAGACAAAGUUUCCACCCAUUCUGCACAUGUGUGUACUCCUGCUUAGAUGGAAAUCUCUACCCAUCCUUGAGAAAAGAGUGCAGUGAAAAUGUAUAGCCAAUCCUUAACACUUGCAGGGGUUAGGUAGCAGACAUCUGUGAAUGUUGUAAAUCUGUGAGUAACUGGUGCACCCUGUGGUAGUGCAUUUCCUUAAAAAAUACUCCUGACUCUCCAAAAAGGCCUUGUUUAAGUAAAGUGAGAGGAGCAGCUAAGAAACAGGGAAAAAUUUACUUACACUAUCAAUUUUGGGGUCAUCCCUCCUGAAUAAACUAUUUUCUAUUUGGUGUAGAAGGUGUAUGUUUAAUUUUGUAAUCUUUUGUCUAAUUUUUUUCCAUCCUUUUCAAUUUUAUACAAAAAAUGUCAAAACAUUUCAUCCAGUGGUGUUUGAAACAGGCACAGCAAGAUAUAUGCAUUGCAUCUUGAAUGCAGCUCAGAAAUGGGGCGUGUACUACGCCUGCCACAAACUACGCCAAGCUACAAACUAUUUCUGCAAUAUUUUCAAGACUUCUUGCAUUCUUGCACUAUAUUAACAUAAACAUCCUUCCAAGAGGUUACAAAAUAUCUGAAUAAGAGAAUGAAAAGAAGUCACACACCCUACUGAGUCAGGUUGUGUGAUGCUGGAUUAAAAAAUAAAAGAGCAAGCAGAAAGAUUCCACAGAACACUACAGCCCUGGAUUUCCAGCACAACAAAUACACAUGCAAAUGCCAAUUGGGAUAAGGAUUGUCAAUAAAAUUCACAAAUACAA